GACAGAAUUCUCUGUCACAAGGAUACAGCCUCCCAAAGGCUGUGUUGCCUGCCUGGUGCCCAGAUUCGGGACAUCUUAUCUGACCUGCAGAGGAAUUUGCAGUAGGAGUGGAAAUAUCCAGUUGUGGUGGUCCAAGCAGGUACCAACGACAUAGGUAAAAUGAGGAAAGGGGUUCUGCUGAGGGAAUUUGAGCAGCUCGGGGCUAAAUUAAAAUGUAGAACAAAAAACGUGAUAAUCUCUGGAUUACUACCUGAGCCACGUGCAAAUUGGCAUAGGGUCAAGAAGAUUAGAGAGUUUGAUGCAUGGCUCAAGGAUUGAUAUGGGUGAAGUGGGUUUGAAUUCAUGGGAAAUUGGCACCAGUAUUGGUAAAACAGGGAACUAAUAUAAGCAAUAUCAGUAGGAAUCAGCUAUCUGGCCCGUCGAGCCUGCUCCGCAAUUCAAUAAGAUCAUAGCUGAUCAGACCAGGGACUCACCUCCACCUAUCUGCCUUUUCCCCAUAAGCCUUAAUUCCCCUACUAUGCAAAAAUCUAUCCAACCUUCUCUAAAAAUAUAUUUACUGAAGUAGCCUCCACUGCUACAUUGGGCAGAGAAUUCCACAGAUUCACCACUCUCUGGGAAAAGCAGUUCCUCCUCAUCUCCGACUGAAAUCUACUAUUGAUCUCCUGAGAUCCACAAGAAAAAUGCUGGAGGAACUCAACAUCCAGGCAUCAUCUAUACAAAAGAGUACAGUCAAUGUUUUGGUUCCAGUAGCAUUUUUUGUUAGUUGCUUGGGUUUCCAGCAUCCGUAGAUUUUCUCUUUAUUUUGAUCUCUUGGGAUUUUCACGCACCACAAUAGUCUCCAGAGUUUAUAGAGAAUGGUGUGAAAAACAAAAAAAAUCCAGUGGGUGGCAGUUCUGUGGGUGAAAACGACUUAUUAAUGAGAGAGGUCAGAGGAGAAUGGCCAGACUGGUUCAAACUGACAGGAAGGUGACAGUAACUCAAAUGACCACACGUUACAGCAGUGGUGUGUAGGAGAGUAUCUCUGAACACACAACACAUCAAAUCAUGGAAAUGAAUGGGCUACAGCAGCAGAAGACCACAGACAUACACUCAGUGUCCACUUUAUUAGGGUUAAGAGGUUCCUAAUAAAGUGGCCACUGAGUGUGACUGUGAUCUCUCAAACGGCAGGGUAAAUUCUAUCACCCUAUGCUCUCAACAGCUCCUUUAAAUUCUUCUUCUGGCAUUUUACACCUUCCUUUCCAGUCCUGAUGAAGGAUCUCUGCCCGACAUGUUGACACAGAUGCUGCCUGACUUGCUGAGUUCCUCCAGCAUUUUAUGUGUGUUGCUCUGGAUUUUCAGCAUCUGCAGAAUCUCCUGUGUUUACAAUUCCUUUACCCUGUGCUCGCAAGAACAUGAUUUCACAAUAACAGUGGUCAUUAAACUUACAUUAACGGUUCAGAAUGAUUAAUUAAAUCUUGUUAUCAACUUGUUAAACAUUACCAGACAUCACAUACAAAAGGCUGAGUGUGGGUUUAGGCAUCGAUUGCCAGCACAGUCUGCCUCAGUACACCUGGUCUGCCCUCCUCCUGCUCAGACUAUGGCUUUUGGGGACCUCCUGGAGAUGACUGUAGGCUUUGGGAAGUUCCAAGCCAUCAACAUUGCCCUACUCUCAAUUUCGUCCUCGUUCAUAGCCUGCAACAAUCUGCUCCAGAACUUCGUGGCCGCCGUCCCCGACCACUGGUGCAAGAUGCAACAGGGAAGCGAGAGCUCGAGGUACCUCAAUGUGACGGAGGAGUUUCUCCGCGUGUUCCUGCCCAUGGACCGGGAAGGGAGGCCGGACAAGUGCCGCAUGUACGCCUCCCAGCAGUGGCAUCUCCUGGGCACCAACGAGACACAGGGCAACGGGAGCCAACCUGACACACAGGCAUGCACCGAUGGGUGGGUGUACGACCACUCCCAGUUCACGUCGACAAUCGUGACAGAGUGGGACCUCGUGUGUGAUCGGAAGUCUCUGAAGCGGAUGGUGCAGUCCAUCUACAUGGCCGGACUACUGAUCGGAGCCAGUGUCCUGGGCAGACUGGCCGACAAGUAUGGCCGCCGAACCCUGCUGCUAUGGUCGCACUUCGUGGUUGCUGUUUCGGGGACGUGUGGAGCGUUCUCCUCCUCCUUCCCACUCUUCUGCUUCUGGAGAUUUCUGUUGGGGUUUAGCUUGUCGGGUGUCAUCGUCAACUGCCUAUCCCUCAACAUUGAAUGGACUCCAACCCAAUUUCGACUUCCUGUUACGAUGUGUAGUUCCUUCUGUUUCACGAUUGGUCAGGUCUUACUGGCUGGGAUUGCCUACGGCAUCAAAGAUUGGCGUUGGAUCCAGCUCUCGGUCUCUGUCCCAUUCUUCAUCUUCUUCCUUCAUUCCUGGUGGCUCUCAGAGUCGGCCCGAUGGCUCAUCGUGAACGGCAAGGAACACAUUGCUCUAAAGCAGCUGAAGAGGGUGGCGAAGAUUAACGGUCGGGAGGCAGAAGGGGAUAGACUCACUGUUGAAAUUCUCAAGGCGAGUGUGGAGAGUGACCAGCUCGCUGCCAAGAAACAGAGUGUGUUCGAUCUGUUCCGGACACCAAUAAUGCGACGGAUCACCUGUUGUACGAUGGUGGUUUGGUUUUCAACGAGCUUCGCCUAUUAUGGGCUGUCAAUCGACCUGCAAGGGUUUGGAGUUGACAUCUACCUCAUCCAGGUCAUCUUUGGAGCCGUAGACAUUCCGGCGAAAAUCGUGGCCUACCUGACGCUGAGACUGUUCGGGAGAAGAUUCACACAGGUCACCUCCCUUACCCUGGCAGGGUCCAUAGUGCUGGCAAACGCCAUUAUUCCAAAAGACUUGCAGACUGUCCGGACCUCGCUCGCUGCCUUUGGCAAGGGAUGUCUGGCAGCCGCCUUCACCUGCUGCUACCUUUAUGCCAGUGAACUUUACCCAACGGUGGUCCGGCAGACGGGAAUUGGGCUCAUAGCUACCAUGGCCCGGAUGGGUGCAAUGGUGGCGCCCAUCAUAAGAAUGAGUGGCGAUUACAUCUCCUUUUUGCCGUCUACGAUAUAUGGCGGAGUGGCUGUAAUCGCAGGAUUAACUGCCUUCUUCCUUCUGGAGACACGGAACAUCCCGUUACCAGAAACGAUCGAAGAUGUAGAGAACAGAUCCAAGAAGAAUUCUAAAAGGGUCAGCAAAUUACGUAAUGAAGAUGUCCCACUGCAGGAAGCUCAAGAGUCGCUCAUGAAACAGAGGGUUUAAACAAACCCGACGUCCCAUCCAGACACCAUCGCACCCUGUGGCUA